GGAGGGAGGAAACAAGAAAACCCCCCCAUCCCACUGGCGUCAUUCGGAACCCCAAAAAUUCUGCCGGCGAUCAAAUCAAUUUCAGAUCAUCCCCUGCGCCGUGGAACGGCGGGUCUUUCAUCGAAGGCCGCUCGCGUCGUGCUUCUGUUGUAGUGUCGUCGGUGGUGUAGGCGGCGGAUGACUGGAUUGGAAAAAUGGCGGAGCCUCCUACACAGUUGAUACAGAAAUGGAAAGAGAAUAAGUUCGUAAAAGUGGGGUUCGCGGUGUCGGGGAUCAUGUCAACGCUUCUCAUCUAUGGCGUUUUACAGGAAAAGAUCAUGAGAGUUCCUUAUGGUCCGGAGAAAGAAUAUUUUAAGUAUUCAUUAUUUCUUGUGUUCUGCAACCGUAUAACAACUUCUGCCGUAUCUGCUGGAGUUCUUUUGGCAAACAAAACAGUUGUUGACCCUGUUGCUCCAAUCUACAAAUAUUGUGUUGUUUCUGUGUCUAAUAUUCUAACUACAACUUGUCAAUAUGAGGCUCUUAAAUAUGUUAGUUUCCCUGUGCAGACCCUUGCAAAGUGUGCAAAAAUGAUACCUGUAAUGGUUUGGGGUACAAUCAUCAUGCAAAAGAAGUACACCGGGCCUGAUUACCUAUUUGCCUUCCUGAUUACUCUUGGAUGCUCUAUUUUUAUAUUAUUUCCGGCAGCAGGUGAUCUUAGCCCAUACAGUAGAGGAAGGGAAAGCACCAUUUGGGGCAUUUCCUUGAUGAUUGGUUACCUGGGGUGUGAUGGCUUCACAAGCACAUUUCAGGACAAGCUGUUCAAAGGCUAUGAUAUGGGGAUACAUAAUCAGAUAUUUUAUACAACAUUAUGUUCUUGCAUGAUCAGUUUCACUGGUCUAAUCUUGCAAGGCAAUCUUCUCAUGGCCAUAGAUUUUGUCACUCGGCACAAUGAUUGUUUCCUAGACAUUGCUAUUCUUUCAACUGUUGCUACAGUGAGCCAGUUCUUUAUAUUUUACACCAUCCGCAAUUUCGGUGCGCUGACUUUUGCCACCAUAAUGACCACCAGACAGUUGGUAAGCAUUCUGCUCUCCUGUGUCUGGUUUGCGCACCCACUGAGCAUUGAACAACUGAUCGGCGCAGUUAUUGUGUUUGGUUCCAUUUACUCAAAAAGCUUCUUGAAGCAAAAGCCGAGGCUGCCACAGUCGGAACAAACAGAAAAUACCAAUCCUCCGAGGACUAAUGCAUAACAUGAUGGUCGAAGGCUAAUGCCUCGCCCCUAAUAACUCGGAACUUUCGCUUAAUGCUAACACUAUACUGAUCGGCGCUCUCUCUUGGCUGGCGUAAUUUUACCCGAAACUCCAGCCACCGUCAAAUUCUAAGCUACCCCAAUAUUAGAUGAACACUCCGAGCAAUGCCGGUAGGUUUCGACAGGUAAAAUUGCUCUAUAUGGUUGGUGUUUUUGCUAACUUAGGAUUUUGUUUUGUGGAUGUUCAUUAUUCAUCCUUAUUAGCAACAGAAAUGUCGACAAUCUGAGUGGUAAAUUUUAUAGCAAAAUACUUAUGUUUUCGAACGUUUGUUU